UUAGUAGAGGGAGGAGGGAGGCAGUGAGCGGCUGCUCCCAGCUCUGUGAGAUCAGUGAGGCCUGUGAGCUAGCAGGAUGUGCUCCCCAUCCAGGGUCAUUAUCUGCCUCCUGAGAAACGAUCUCCGGCUCCAGGAUAACGAGGUUCUGCUCUGGGCUCACAAGAAUGCAGAUCACAUUGUUCCUCUGUACUGCUUUGACCCAAGACACUAUGUGGGAACCCAUAACUACAAUUUUCCAAAAACAGGGCCCCAUAGGUUGAAGUUCCUGCUCGAAAGUGUGAAAGAUUUGAGGAACAUACUAAAGGAAAAGGGAAGUAACUUGCUGCUGAGAAGAGGGAAACCAGAAGAUGUUCUGGAAGAUUUAGUUACAAAACUGAGCUCUGUUACUGCGGUUGCAUUGCAAGAAGAGGUCACAAAGGAAGAGCUAGAUGUUGAAAAUGCUGUGAAAAAAGUGUGUUCUCAACAUGGGGUUCAGUUACAAACCGUUUGGGGAUCAACAUUGUAUCACAGAAGUGAUCUCCCUUUCCGACACAUCUCCAGGUUGCCCGAUGUCUAUACCCAGUUUAGAAAAGCGGUUGAAACUGAAUGCCAAGUGCGACCGAGUCUUCAGAUGCCAGACAGGCUGAAGUCUUUACCAGCUGGCUUGGAGGAGGGCGAUAUUCCCACACUUCAAGACUUUGGGCAAGAAGAUCCUGUGACAGAUCCACGAUCAGCCUUUCCAUGCAGCGGAGGGGAGACUCAAGCAUUACAGAGGCUGCAGUAUUAUUUCUGGGAUACGAAUCUUGUCGCUUCAUAUAAAGAUACACGGAACGGACUUAUAGGAAUGGAUUAUUCUACCAAGCUUGCCCCAUGGUUGGCUCUGGGCUGCAUCUCCCCGAGAUAUAUUUAUGAGCAGAUUAAGAAGUACGAACGAGAGAGAACUGCGAAUCAAAGCACAUACUGGGUCAUUUUUGAGCUUUUGUGGAGAGAUUACUUUCGUUUUGUGGCUCUGAAGUAUGGAAGAAAACUAUUCUUUCUAAAAGGGCUACAGGACAAGCCAGUUCCAUGGAAGAAAGACCCCAAGCUUUUUGAUGCCUGGAAAGAAGGACGUACGGGGGUACCUUUUGUUGAUGCUAAUAUGCGUGAACUGGCAGUGACUGGAUUUAUGUCCAACAGGGGGCGACAGAACGUGGCUAGCUUCCUGACAAAAGACCUUGGAAUUGAUUGGAGAAUGGGAGCAGAGUGGUUUGAGUAUCUCCUGGUCGAUUAUGACGUUUGCAGUAAUUAUGGAAAUUGGUUAUACAGUGCUGGAAUCGGCAAUGACCCCCGGGAGAAUAGAAAGUUCAAUAUGAUUAAACAAGGACUGGAUUAUGACGUCAAUGGUGAUUAUAUCCGACUCUGGGUUCCAGAACUGCAGAACAUUCACGGGGGAGACGUUCACGCUCCCUGGGCAUUAAGUAACUCCGCACUUGCACACGCUGGAGUUACGCUUGGAGAGACCUACCCAUUGCCAAUGGUGAAAGCUCCAGAGUGGAGUAGGCACAUCAAUCAGAAACCAGACAGUGGCGGAUUUGCAGCGAGAAGAGGAAAGGGGCCCUCUCUCACCCCCAAACAACACCGGAACAGAGGCAUAGACUUUUAUUUUUCACGGAAUAAAAAUGUGUAACUGAACAAAUGGAGAAAAGUCGCGGGACAAUACAAUUCUGUUACAGCCCAGAAAUGGGCAUCACUGCACAGGACAAUAAAAAGUACAAUGGGUUUAAUGGUUCAACGCAACGGGAAGGUCGAUUAUGACCUAGGUUUUGUAGUACAAAUCAAAAUGGCUUAUUCUUUGAUAUAAUGUGGGGAUGGUGGUGUCCCCCUUCACAUUUCUUAUAGAGUUAAACAGAUACAUUGUGCUAGGGAUAUUGCUAUAACUUGGUGCAAUGGAAUGUUGCUGUUAGCAUUGUGAGGUCACAUUGAUCCUUGAAAUAUGACUGUAUCCACCAUGACUGCUGCCUCGAAAGCGGUGUACGCCUACAGUGUUAUCUAUACAUUGGCCACCUGCUUGGUAAAUACAGAGAAUAGCAUGUCCUACAGUUUGCCUCCAAGAUGUCUGCUACAUGACCAUUUCUCUUACAGCCGAUAUAGCGAGAAAUAUACUAAAUCUCUCGCCGGGCUUCCACUGCCACCAUUGCAUCUGAUCUAUUGUUGGCUUUAACAGCCGAGUCUGCCAAAAGAUUUAUAAGGGCAAUGCCCUCAUCCUUCUUUCCCAGGAUGUCUGGAUAUUAUGCAAUGUUUUGUAUAUUAUAUCAAACUGUUAAAACAUUUUACAUUGCCCAGCAACAUGAAGCUUUAUAAUGUGUGUGGGUAUAUUAAAAACUUUUUGUGUGUAUA